UACAUGCAUUGUAAUUCACAUCACGUGAUGCGGCUCAACCAAUCAAAUUUGUGUAUUCCGAACAGUUUUAUUCACCUGGGAGAAAGACAAGGAAGAGUAGGAGAAUUACCUGCAGGAUGACACUCUUGAGGUGUGAUUGAGUUCAAUCAGGCUGCUUUUCAGUCAACCGGAAAGAAUCCAACGAUGACCUUCCCUCUGAAAACCAAAGGCCUACUGUCCCACCUGCACGGCACUGUGGGCCUGACGGACUGGGACAUGGACAAGGAGCUGAAACUGGCCACUACCACCGACCAGUUCUACCACGAUGACGAACAAUACUUGGUCCAGAGGCCUUCUGACAGAGCCUCAAGAGGAAAAGAGGAAACCACUUUUUACGAUGAAACCUCAGACACCUUUGUGACGCCAAGCCUGUGGCUGCUGGUGGAUCCCAACAUCGUCUGCCCGAUCCCGUCCAGAAAAAACACACCAGAUCAGCAGGAAGUCAGCAAACCUGAUGAGGAAAUCCAGACGGCUCAGCUGAACCCUGCAGAGACCCAGAGACCCUCCACUGACUACAUGAAUGAAGAUGUCUGUCGUCGACCAGCGAAGAACAGACGAAAGGGAAGAACCCCGAAUUUCCGGGACAGUAAGACCCUGAAGCCGGGAUGCUGGCCUCGUCCACCUGUGAACUACUGCAUCCUCAUCGCCUUGGCGCUCAAGAGCAGCCACACUGGGAGCCUCAAAGUCCAGCAGAUAUACAACUUCACCAGAGAGCACUUCCCCUUCUUCCAGACGGCUCCAGAUGGCUGGAAGAACACCAUCCGACACAACCUGUGCUUCAACAGCAGCUUCCGCAAGACCUGCAACCAGCUGUGCAGAGACGGCAAGAGGAAGUCGUGUUUCUGGCACCUGACGCUGGACGGCCACCGCCGGCUGAAGGACGAGAUCGGCACGCUGACGGGGGAAUCCUUCACGCAGCUGGAGAGGAGCAUGUCCCGCCCAGAUGAAAUUCAGAGUUUAUUCGCUCUGUGAUUGCAGGUGUAAAAAGGCAUCAAAGAGUUCAAAUCAAUGCGUAAUAAAACUUUAUGUGCCCA